GCCAUAUUUAGGUAAAGUCUAUCCGACACAUAAGUGAAGUGAUACUACAGUGUCAACCAAGUUUGUAAAAAAACUGUUUGUUUUUGACAAAUACAAGUAUUGUCAAAAAUAUUAUUUAAUUAAUUGUAUUUGUUUCCUCCUUUGUAUACAAGUUCGUGUACAAUGUCAGUGCUGAAUCAAAGUGGUGAAGAGCAGGUGGAAUGCCCGCUAUGUAUGGAACCUUUGGAAGUGGACGAUUUGAAUUUUUAUCCAUGUACUUGUGGUUAUCAAAUAUGUCGAUUUUGUUGGCAUAGGAUUCGUACAGACGAGAAUGGGCUAUGUCCAGCUUGUCGUAAAGCGUAUUCUGAAAAUCCUGCAGAUUUUACACCGUUGUCAAAGGAACAAGUUGCUCAGUUGAAAGCUGAGAAGAGGGCACGGGAUCAGCAACGAAAAGCGCGUCUAAGUGAAUCGCGAAAGCAUUUAGCAACCGUUCGAGUUGUGCAAAAGAAUCUCGUGUUUGUGGUUGGACUUCCAGUACGUUUAGCAGAUGCUGAAGUACUGCGACGUCAUGAAUAUUUUGGAAAAUUUGGAAAAAUUCAUAAAGUUGUUAUAAAUCAGUCGACGAGCUACGCUGGUUCUCAGGGACCAUCUGCAAGUGCUUAUGUCACUUAUUAUAGGAGUGAAGAUGCCUUAAGAGCUAUCCAGAGUGUAAAUAAUAUAACACUAGAUGGACGGCUUAUUAAGUCGUCGUUGGGUACGACCAAAUAUUGUUCACAUUUUAUGAAAAAUCAGCCGUGUCCAAAGCCGGAUUGUAUGUACCUUCAUGAUUUAGGGGAUUCCGAAGCUAGUUUUACGAAAGAAGAGAUGCAUCAAGGAAAGCAUCAAGAAUAUGAAAGAAGGUUACAUGAGGCACUUGCAGCGCAAGUACAAAAUAAAUCAUUAAGUAACAGUUCUAAUCAAUCUGGGCAAAAUGGGGCUCCUAUACAAAAAGAAGCUUGGCCAAGUUUAUCACGGAAUGGUUCUCCUCCUAACGUAGGAAAAGAAAGGAAAAAUUCUAAUUCAGAAUCGAAACAGUCAUCACAGUUAGGAAAUAUAAGUAAAAAUGGAAGUGAUGGGAAUAGUAUUAAUAAUAAUAAUAACAACGUAAAUCAAUUAUCAAACAAUACAUCAACAACAACGACUACAAUAGCAAAUAGUAACAAAGACAACCCACAACAAAUUCAACAGAUACCGAAUCAUACAAACACAAGCAACAAUUCAACAGUAGUUCAACAAAUUACAAAUAAAACGACAGAUAAAUUACAACAAAAGAAUAAAAAUUCAAAUAAAACAACAGCUAUUACAACAAAACAGAACAACAAUGAAAAUAUAACAACAAAUAAUAUCAAGAAUAGUCAAAAAUCAUCUGAAAAUAACAAAGAUAAUUGUAGUAAAUUAAUAACAUCGAUAAAACAAGAACAGAUCCAUGAAAUAUUUCCAUCGAAAAAUAAUAAAAUUACGGUACAAGAGAACAAUAUUAAACAGAUUGAGAUCACUGAUCAAAUUAUAGACAAAACAAAAGAAUUAACUCAAGAAAUUGAGACGACAACCAGUGAUGAUACAGAUCGUUCAACAAAUUCAAGCCCACUAGCACAAAAUUUAAAUAAAAUGACGCUAUAUGAAGAUAACACAAGUUUCUUUAGUCCAAAUACGUUCCAAAAAUUAAUAACCGAUGGUGAUCAACAAAAUUCAACGGGUGGCAGCAAUUACGAACAACAAAAUUCCAAUAUAUUAAAUGAUAGUUUACCGGAUAUCAAUUCAACCGAAGAUUGGGAAGCGGCUUUUGGUUUUGCAUCAAAACAUCAAAUAUCCACAACAGUUAGUCAACAUUCCGGUGGCGAUGAUAGUCCUGGAUCAUCACCAUCGACAGCUGGUGAUCGUGUACAAGACGUUGUUGUUAGUCAAUAUGGUGGUAAUGGUAGUGUUAUAGUGUCGUUAGGUACUCAAAAUAAUUCUGAUUCCUCAUUUUAUACGACAAAUCCUAGUACAGACUUAAUAACAUCGCAUAUAAAUAAUUCAGUUUUUACAUCAUCGUCUGACAUGCGUAAUCCAAUUUAUAAUCCAAUGAAUAUACCCCCACCCCAACAACAACAACAGAAUCAACAGAAUGACUUAGGUAUUGCGGCUUUAAAAUCACAAAUUCCACCAGUUAUUAAUGGUUUAGAUCAACAUAUGUAUAAAUUUUUUGCUGAUUUCCAUAAAAAUUCGUUAAAAGAUCAACAUCAUCCAGACUUUAUAAAUUCUUUCACAUCACCACCACCGCAGCAACAGCAACAAGCACCACAAGAUCAUAUAUUUAAUCCAAGUGAACGGCAACAUAAUUUUAUAAACGAACAUUUACAACAUCAGAAUUUAAUGCGAUUAAAUGAACAACAGAUAUUAUUAAAUAUGAAAAAUCAACAGAAUCAACAACAGAAUUCAACACCGCAUACAUUGUUAACUGUACAACAAUCAACAAAUCAUUUAAACCAUCCACCAAAUUUUUUAACAAAUCACGGUGGAGGUGGUGGUUAUCAACAAAACUUUUUAUUGCAAAAUCAAAUAAAUUUAGUUCAAAAUCAACAUAAUUUAAUUAAUGGUGAUCAACAUAAUAUUAGUUUAAUAGGUAAUCAACAAAAUAUAGCUCAACAAAUUAUUGGUUCAACAAUAGCAAAUCAACCACAACAGCAUACAAAUUUAUUAAAUAAUGGUGCUAAUAAUCCAAUAAAUCGUUUAUUGGGUCAACAAUCAACAUCAACAACAACCGGAUUGGGUGUAGGUGGGGGUAGUUUUAAUCAAUUCUCAGGACAAACACAACAAUUGUUAUUGAAUAAUGUGAAUCCAUCAGCAAAUACAAAUAACGGUGUAUCAACAAAUAACGGAGUUAAUGGUGUUAAUGUUAAUGGAGUUGGGGUUGGUGUUGGUGUUGGUGUUAAUAAUACACAACAUACACAACAACAGCGUAAUGUUGAAGAUGAAUUAGGUUUUGACCCGUUCCAUGAAACACAGAAAGCGUUAGCUGAAUUAAUGGAAUCUGAACAAAUGUUAAAUAGUCAACAACAGCAUCGUGCACGUUUACCACCACCUGGAUUUAGUCAUAUGAAUUCAUUUGGUAUUGGAUUACCACGACCACAUGGUAGCAAAAUAUUGCCGUUUAUGAGUUUAGGACAAACAGCUAAUAACACAUCGCAUCAAAACGCUAUAAAUUCUCAACAAUCUAAUGGUUGGCCCGUAUCAAAUUCACAAGCACCAAAUUUAGCUCAAAAUUCAGGAUUGGGUGUAUGUAAUGAUUGGACAACAUUAGAUCCAGCAAUUGUGUCAUCAAGUCGCCAUUUUCCAUUAGUAAAUAUGGGUACGAUUAGAGAACAGUAUGGUUCAAAUUUACAACAAUUAUCCGCAACAAAUACUGUAAAUAAUAGUGUGUCAACAUUACGAGGCCUUGAUUUCACAACGACACCAUUACAAAAUAAUUUUACACAACAGUCACAAAUGUCACAAUUACCAUCAGUUGCUGCUGCGGUAGCGGCUGCUAGUACCAACGGAUGUUUUAAUCCAUCAAUAUUUCAACAACACAAUGUAAAUGGACAAUUUACAACUCAUUUAACAAAUGGUUUUAAUACACAACAAACUGGUACAACCACAUCAGCAAUUGGUCAAAAUUGGAUGAAUUCAACAGAUUUUCAAAAUCAGAUUCCAUUACCCCCCGGUUUCAGACAAAAUAACCAACAGGGAAAAACGCAAGAAUGUUAAAUCAAAAUACAUUAAAAAAAUUUUACUUACUUUUCUUUUUUUUUUGUUUAUUGAUUCAAAGAAAACAAGAAAAAAAAAUGCAAAAUAUCAG